AUGAGCAACAGUGUAGAAAAUAGCGAAGUGGACAACGCUAAGCAGGCCCUUAUGGUAGCGCUGGGUGACAAAUGGACCAUGUACUUAGCCAACAUGAAGCUUUGGUUUCGAAAGAAACACUCCAAGGAAGAGUUUGAUCUCGAAUGUCGUAAGCUCUUCAGUUCGAAUCAACUUCAUUUGCACAACCGCUUCCUGUUAGCCAUCCUGAACAAAAUUGACGCUGUUUCGGUACCUCAAUCCACGACGAUCCAUUUCGAUGGGUCGCAAAUGGUUUCUGUUUCUGGGGUGUACGGGAGUAUCGGUGAUGAAACGAGCUAUAGCCUGUCGUCGAUGCAGCAGCAUGAUGGACGUAGCAGUAAGAAACGAAAACGCUCCACUAAGUCGUCAUCGGAUCGUUCCACUUUCGAGCCAAUGUCACCGUACGACUACAUUGCACGAGAGCCGGCUGCUCCCGACCAGGAACAGUCUUCAUCGACGCAAUGCGGAGUGGCCGGUGCAUCACAUCCCACGAUGCGCUAUGCCGCUCAGGAACUGUUUCUGCCAGAUAAUGGUCUGGUACUUGGUCGACUUCUUGUGGGUGCUUGGGAACAUGGUCUGGCCAGUGCCGAUGACGCGGCGGUCGAAUUAAUCAUCAACUCGGUGCAAGUGUUGUUGAAAAAUAUUCUCUCCGCCGUCAUCUUGAAUCGUAAGCAAUAUCGGGUUACCGCUAAUGGUACGUUCUAUUACGACGUUGGUCACGGCACGAAUCAAACAAUCGUACGGAAUACGGUAACCAAAAGCAAAAUCGACGAUGAAGUGAUGGAAUUGGAUCGAGAGAUACUAUCCUAUGUCAAGACUCCACCUACGGAUUCCACGUUCCUGGCAAGCUGUGAGCAUUUAUACCCUACCGUAAGUCGGAAAAUCAAUGCCUUCGAGCUGUACAGGGCGCUGCAAGAUCGAAACCUAAUUUCAUCGCACUCAGUGUACUCAAUGAAUAUUGAGCGAAUUUCUAGCCAGCUAUCGUAG